ACAUUUAGUAAAUUCACAGAGAGGGAUGUAAAACGUUAUGGAUUACUGGCUAAAUAUGAGAAAGAAAAUGUUUUGAAUAUUUUAAGGAUUACAGAAAUUAUAUCUUAUAGUGGAAUUAAAUAAGGUAAAGUUAUAUAUAACAAUGGAAAGUAAAGCUUUAGAAAAAAUAAAUAAUAAAAUAAUAGUUCACUAUACAAGAAGGAAUUCAGUAAGCAAUACAAGGAACAUAAAUAUCUAGUAAUGCUAUUUAAUCAUCUUGAUUAUGUAGAUUUUAUUAAAAAAAAUUCUUUGAUAAAUGAUAAGACAAAAAAAAAGACAAUUCAUAAAAGGCAUAGAUUACAAAUAAUUUUAUCUAGUAUAUUAGUAUCAUGAGGAUCAUUAUUAAUAAUAGAUAAUUUUUUUUACAUUAUUUUAGAAAAGUUUGAUGCUAGAGCAAUAUCUUAUUGAGUAUUAUUAAGUGUAUCAUUUAUCCUAUAUAUGUUAAGGAUUUGUUUUACGUUCAUAAAAAUUAAAAAACAUACAAUAAUUAUAAAGAGAAAA